UCAAGGGCGGGGCGGGGGCUCGAGGUCCGAGCCGCAUCUCCCUCAGUCGCCGCCGCUGGGGCCGCCACCGCCCGUCCUCGUCGCCCGAGCCCGGACACCAUGCCACAGGAAGAGUGACCUCGUCCCUGUUUUCACGAUGGAGGACUCGGGAAAGACAUUCAGCUCUGAGGAGGAAGAAGCUAACUAUUGGAAAGAUCUGGCUAUGACCUACAAGCAAAAGGCAGAGAAUACACAAGAGGAGCUCCGAGAAUUCCAGGAGGGAAGCCGAGAAUAUGAAGCUGAAUUGGAGACGCAGCUGCAACAAAUUGAGACCAGGAACAGGGACCUCCUGUCAGAAAAUAACCGCCUUCGCAUGGAGCUAGAAACCAUCAAGGAGAAGUUUGAGACACAGCAUUCUGAAGGCUACCGUCAGAUCUCUGCCUUGGAGGGCGACCUCGCCCAGACCAAAGCCAUCAAGGACCAGCUGCAGAAGUACAUCCGUGAGCUGGAGCAAGCCAAUGACGACCUGGAAAGAGCGAAACGGGCUACGAUCAUGUCUCUGGAAGAUUUUGAGCAGCGUUUGAAUCAAGCCAUUGAAAGAAACGCCUUCCUGGAGAGCGAACUUGACGAGAAGGAGAAUCUCCUAGAGUCUGUCCAGCGGCUGAAGGAUGAAGCCAGAGAUUUGCGGCAGGAAUUGGCUGUGCAGCAGAAGCAGGAGAAACCCAGGACCCCCCUGCCCAACCCGGUGGAAGCCAGCAGGAUAGACACUGCUGUGCAGGCCACUGGCUCCGUGCCAUCUACCCCUGUGGCCCCCCGGGGACCCAGCUCCAGCUCAGCCACACCGGGGACGUUCAGACGCGGUCUGGAGGACUCCAUGGGCGGGACUCCCCUCACACCCGCGGCCCGGAUAUCAGCGCUCAGCAUCGUGGGAGACCUGCUGCGGAAAGUGGGGGCACUGGAGUCCAAACUUGCAUCCUGCCGGAACUUCGUGUAUGAGCAGUCCCCAAACCGAACAAGCGGCCCGGCCUCAGGACGGGGGAGCAAGAGCAGAGAUGGCGGCGACAGACGGCCAGGCAGCACCAGCGCACCUCUGGCUGAUAAAGGGUCGGGAAAACGCCUGGAAUUUGGGAAGCCGCCUUCCAAUCUGUCCUCGCCAUCGCUGCCGUCAGCCCAGGGUGUAGUCAAGAUGUUGCUUUAGAAAAUCCACAGAAGCGAAGCUGCCGAUGUCUGUGCGGGAGUUGUCACCUGUUCCCCUCUUUACACUAGGUUUUUAUUUUUCUUUCUUUUUUUUUAAGUUAGUCUGAGAAAUACGAGUGAACAGUCAUACUAGCCAUUGACUGAGGCUGAUGCCUGUGGUCCCCGUGAACUGUUGUCUCGUGAACCCCAGCCUCCUUGUCAGUGUGUUGCAAACGGACCCCCCUGGAAGAGGGUGCUCAGGUGUGCUGCUGAGGCGACCCUGUCAUUUCGAGCUGACCCGGGUCCUGCUUGGUCUCGAGAGGUGGUUUGAAUGUCCACAGACGCCUCACGAAUGGGAUGUGAGCCACGUCGAGCCCACCCCGGCCCCACUUGGCACAGGAUGGCACAGCAGGGUCAGCACGCUGAGAGCAUGUCUAGGGGCGAAGGGUGGCCUGGGCACAAGCCUGUUUUUAAAACUGUGGUGUAGUGUACCUCCCACGCUUUUUAUUCUGCCUCUCACGGAGGCUUUUAGAGGUGUGCUCAAGUUUUAGAGUAAAUUUUGUGUGGACCAGGUCAGUGGAAAAUCUGUGUCUUCUUUAGAUCUGUCCCAACCGUUAAUUGUCCUCGGUCCCCACCCCUCGCGUGGUGGGGGGGAGGACCUCCGCUUCAAGACCCUGAGGGUCACUGGGAUGGAGUGGCCUCUUAAUAUGCAGCUUUUAAGAAUAGGACUUUAUUCAAGGCCAUAAUGACAUAAUCAGGGUGACCUUCAAAUAAGAUGACACCAUCGCACACCAGGAUUGUUGUCGGGAGCGUCCUUGUCAAAGGAGCAGCAAACACGAGAUUUCCCACGCGGACGGGGUCUGUACUUAACCUCUGCUUGUGCGAGCUGCUGUCUCACGCUUUCGGUCACGUGUGAAAAGAACACAAAGUCAGGAGCAUGUGUGUGCAGCUUAACGACCUUCCUUUUGUUACGAAGUUCUUUUUUCCAAAAGAACACCAAAAUAGCCUUGAUUUGAAAAUAGACUCUUUCAAGUGUUACUAAAAUUCAACAGAAUCAAACCUCAGUGCUCAGUUCGUUACCCUACCAACAUUCUAACCCAGGUCGACGAAAGAUGUACCUUUACUUUUUUAAAAGAACAAUAAAACCAAAAGAAACUAAUUUUCACCUA